AUGCCUUCUAAAGCUAAGAUCCUUAGGAGGGAAUUCGAGGAAGAAAGAAUUGGAUGUGAAAAACAAAGUAGAGAAAUGAAGGAUGCAAUGUUUCAGCUGGGGUUAAAUAGAGAUGUUCACGAAGCAAAUGUCGAGAAGUAUAAGAAAGACAUGGAAAAACUUGAAGCAUAUCAUGAGUAUUUAAAGAAGGAAAGGAUUAGAAUCCAAGAGUUGGAAACUGAAAUGAACGAUAUACUUGAGUCAUUCAAAGCCAGAGGCCAACGAAUUCAGGAACUCAAGGAAGAAAGGGAGUCGAAAAGGGACUUGGUUUGCAAUGAAAUGCAAGGCUGGAAUCGUAUCCUGGCUAGAAAACAGGCUGAAGUUAAGUCUUGGAUGCAGAGGUACUCUACCAAAAAUUCACAAAUUGAAGAACCCAGUAGAGAAAUAAGAGAUAUGCAGCUGAGGCAUGAGGAAGAAAUGAGCCACACUCAAACAAAAAACCUUGAACUUGGGGAUCAUGUCAUGCAAUUAGAGGACUACCUAUAUCAGGAGCAGGUCCCACCAGCUUCGAUGAACUUAAGGUUGUCUAGGGAAGAUAAUAGAGCUCUGUGA